ACAAAGAACAUGACUCACUCUACUUAAACCCAGAGAGUCAACUGGUGCGGUGAUCAUACCUCCUCUGGGAUACUAUCGACAGCUUGGUACAAGCUCUACUAUUCUAUCUACACAUCUUCUAACUUCCGAGCUUAGUUCUCUGUAGAUACUUAUCUCACACUUUCAGUGCUGUUAGGACCAUGGCAUCCCUAGGAUGGUUCGUGGUGGUUCUAGUGGGCUUUUGGAGCCAGCUAUGCCCAGGUCGGGGAGCUAAUAAUGGGCCUGGCAGAUACCGCUACCAGCGCAGGAACUGCUACACCUGCUUCUAUGGAUACAAUGGCUACAACACGGGACACAUGAAAGGUGCAGAUGUUGACGAGUGUCAGGUCCACAACGGAGGCUGCCAGCACCGAUGCGUCAACACCAGAAGCUCGUUCUACUGCGAAUGCAACCCAGGCACCCGCCUGCACACAGAUGGCCGGACAUGCAUCGCCGUCCACUCCUGUGCUGUCAGAAAUGGAGGCUGUGAGCAGGACUGUGUGCAGCUGUCCCCGGCUCACUACCAGUGUCGCUGCAGACCCAACUAUCACCUUGCAGAGGACAGCAAACACUGCAAGUUGAGAAACCCCUGUGCAGACGGAAAUGGAGGCUGUGUGCACACCUGUAGAAAUGAAGGAGGAAGAUCUCAGUGUGACUGUCGUCCUGGAUAUACACUGGCACAGGAUGGCAAAAACUGUGAAGACAUCGAUGAGUGUGAGACAGGCCAAACUGCCUGUGCCCACGGUUGCCAUAACACCCAGAGUUCCUUUACCUGUGUCUGUAACCCAGCAUACAAGUUGGGUGCCGACGGCAGGAAAUGCUAUCGUAUCGAGAUGGAGAUUGUGAGCGGUUGUGAGACUGCCAAUGGAGGCUGUUCCCAAAAGUGCCAACACUCCGCCCUCGGACCUGUCUGCAGCUGUAACCAUGGUUUCCAUCUGGACGAUGACCUCAGGACAUGUGUGGACUUGGAUGAGUGCGAGACGGGAAGCUCGUGCUGCGAGCAGGACUGUACGAACUAUCCCGGGGGUUACGAAUGCUACUGCGGGGCUGGCUACCGUCUCAACUCGGAUGGGUGUGGCUGUGAUGAUGUGGAUGAGUGUCUGGUAGACAACGGAGGCUGUGACCAUACCUGCCAGAACACAGCCGGCUCCUUCCAGUGCUACUGUCGCCUCGGACACCGGCUAAACGAGAACCGUCUCUCCUGUAUUCCCCUGGAGCGGGCAGUAGAGCUGUUGGAGUGGAGCGGCCGCAUCGCGGUGAAGCUCCCUCCACCCCAGAUCACCCUGCUGAAUGACAACUUCCAGCCGCUGGAGCGCUAUGACGACUAUGAGGAGGACGGCCUGGGAGAGCUCCGGGCCCCGAGCACCCUCACCAAGACCUUUGUGUGUCUAAAUGAAACGUUUGGCCAUGACUGCAGCCUGACGUGUGACGACUGUUCCAACGGUGGUGUGUGUGACCUGGAGGAGGGACGUUGUGACUGUCCUGAUGGGUGGCGAGGCCUUGUCUGCAACCAGACUUGUCUAGAGGGCACAUUUGGCAGGAACUGCCUCUUCAGCUGUAAGUGUAAGAAUGGUGCCACCUGUGACCCUGUGAGCGGGCACUGCCGCUGCCCACCUGGAGUCAGUGGGGAUCUGUGCCAGGAUGGCUGUCCUAGCGGCCUGUAUGGGAAACUUUGCAAUAAGAAGUGUAACUGUGCCAAUAAAGGGCGCUGCCAUCGGACCUACGGAGCCUGCCUGUGUGACCCUGGGCUCUAUGGGCGUUUCUGUCACCUACCGUGUCCGAAGUGGGCAUACGGACCUGGCUGCUCGGAGGAGUGCCAGUGUUUCCAACAGAACACUCUGGAGUGCCACCGCCGCCAUGGCUCCUGUGUCUGCAAACCAGGCUACCAGGGCAAGAACUGCCAGGAGGAAUGUGACAGAGGAUACUAUGGCCUUGCCUGCAAGAGGAAAUGUGAGUGUCCAUCAGGGGUACCCUGUGAUCAUGUGACAGGGGAGUGUCUGCGCCAGUGCCCGCCUGGUUUCCAUGGGGACAACUGUGACCUAGACUGCCUGAAGGGGCGCUACGGGGCUGAAUGUAACCAAUUGUGCCACUGCUCUGGCGCGCCAUGUGACAAGGUGACAGGACAGUGCCACUGUCUUGACGGUGUGACUGGACAGCACUGCGAGACUGGUAAGGACGGGGGGCAACAUGCUAAUAGGUCUUUGGAGUCUUUCUCUCUCUCACACUUUUUCUCUCUCGCUCUCUCUCUGUCUGUUUGUUUGUUAGAGUGUGAGGAGGGUCGAUGGGGUGUGGGCUGCUCAGGCUCCUGUCCUCACUGUCAGAACGGGGGAGUGUGUGACAAACACAAUGGAACGUGCCGCUGCCAACCUGGAUACAUGGGCACCCUUUGUCAGAGUGUCUGCCUGUUGGGUAGAUUUGGCCUGGGUUGCCAUCUACGCUGUCUGUGCGAUAACGGUGGGCGCUGCCAUCCGUUGACGGGCCGCUGUGCCUGUCCUGAAGGAUGGACUGGACCCAGCUGCAGUAGAGCGUGUGACGCCGGGCGCUGGGGGGUGGACUGUGCCAACGUGUGUGAGUGCCCGGACAACGAUGGCAGCUGCGACCUCAUCACGGGACAGUGUCGCUGUGAGGCGGGCUACACAGGACCACGCUGCCAACAGAAGUGCCCAGAGGGCUCCUUUGGCGCUGGCUGCAGACGCAGGUGCCAGUGUGCCAAUGAGGCGGCCUGUGAGCAUAUGGGUGGAGCCUGCACCUGCCUGCCUGGUUGGACAGGCACCUACUGUGAAAAACCGUGCCCUGAAGGAUUCCAUGGGCUGGAGUGUCAGCUGCAGUGUCAGUGUUCUAAUGGGGGGAGAUGUGAUCACCUGACAGGGGCCUGCCACUGUCCAGACGGCUGGGUCGGAUCACAAUGCAACACCACAUGCCAGGCGGGGUGGUUUGGAAGUGGGUGUCAACACACCUGUGAGUGCUGUAAUAAUGCCAGCUGUGACCCUGUGAGCGGGCAGUGCCAGUGUAUGCCAGGCUGGACCGGCGCCAGCUGUGAGAAAGAAUGUCUAGAAGGCUUCUAUGGGUCAGACUGCCUGCAUCACUGCCUGUGUCAGAAUAGUGGUGUGUGUGAUCGUUUCUCUGGGGGAUGCUCGUGCCCCAACGGGUGGACCGGGGUGGCCUGCGAACUGGAGUGUGCCCAUGGCUGGUUUGGGACGGACUGUGCUCAGCCCUGUGCGUGUCUGAACAGUGGUGUGUGUGACCGUCGCAGUGGAGAGUGCAGCUGUGGCCCAGGCUGGGUAGGACAGCACUGUCAGACAGCAUGUGAGGCUGGCCUGUUUGGCCCAGGGUGUGAGGAGCAGUGUCGAUGUAAACAUGGGCCCGUGUGUGACCACGUCAGCGGAGUGUGUGUGUGUCCUCCUGGCUGGAGGGGACCUCUAUGUGACAGAGCCUGUCUACCUGGCUCCUAUGGGAAGGACUGUGUGCUACGUUGUAACUGUCCCCACGGCACUUCCUGCAACCACGUUUCCGGCGAGUGUGGCUGUCCCCCUGGAUUCACUGGCAACGGCUGUGAGCAGAUAUGCCAGGCUGGCACAUAUGGGCUGAACUGUAACCAGGUGUGCCAGUGCUCUGGCACCAACCAGCUAUGCCACCCGGACACCGGCCUCUGCUACUGCACCCCUGGUUACCAUGGUUACAACUGUGAUCAAGAGUGUGACAUAGGACGGUAUGGCCCAAACUGCGAGCGGCUGUGCCAGUGUAGGAAUGCUGGUGUGUGCCAGACCAUCACAGGCACCUGCCAGUGCCUGUCUGGCUACAUCGGAGCAGACUGCAACAUCACUUGCCCAUCAGGGCGUUAUGGGCAGGACUGUGCCAGGGUGGCUUUGUGUGGGGAGGGGGCACGGAGUGACCCAGAGACGGGCAGGUGUGUGUGCAAGGUCGGCCAGCGGGGAGAAGACUGUGGACAGGGUUGUGCCCAGGGUUGGUAUGGGGUGGACUGUGGCCAGCGCUGUAACUGCCGUAACAGUGGUGUGUGUGACCCAGUCUCUGGAGGCUGCACCUGCGGACUAGGCUGGACCGGACCCAGCUGUGACAGAGAGUGCCCCCUAGGGAGUUACGGGGCCAACUGCAAACUGCAGUGUGAUUGCAAUAACAAUGGGACGUGCAAUAGAGUGACGGGAGAGUGCCGGUGUGACCCGGGAUACUACGGUCACCUGUGUGAACACGCCUGCCCUGCUGGUUUCCAUGGCCACCGCUGUCAGUUCCAGUGUAAGUGUCGAGGCCACUCCCCCUGUGACCCCAGCACAGGGCACUGUCUUUGCCCUCCUGGUUACCAUGGAUACCGCUGUGAGAAAGAGUGUGAGCAGCGUCGUUUCGGGGUGGGCUGCUUCCAGUCAUGUGACUGCGAAGGGGACACCCCAUGUGACCCCAUGACCGGCCGUUGUCUGUGCCCCCCAGGGAAGAUGGGCACGCAUUGCGACACAGAUUGUCCAGUGAACCGCUACGGCCCGGACUGUUCUGAGAGCUGUGAGUGCAGGAACGGGGCGCGGUGUGACCCACGGAACGGCCGUUGCACCUGUCUACAUGGCUGGAUAGGACCCACCUGUCAGGACGGAGGGUCCCUCACGUCUCCACAGCUGGGCAACAGAAAUCAAGAAAGGAAUCACUCACACACUGUCCCAGUAUAGCACCCCCUACUGACUGACCCCCAGCCUCAUACACUGCGGCCUACUGGUCACUUCUAGAGAUCACAGAGCUCAAAACUGAACUGAAGCACUCUCAAAACAACAACGGACUGUUUUGUACAGAGAAGGGAGUGCUAUGGCAGGGCCUUGAUGAACUAAAGGGACUUCUGAACUGGAGAUGCCAUUUUGCAGAGUUGUCUAAUCGCAGACAUUGGAGUUCAAAUAACACACUACACUUGACAUCACAGGGAUGACUGUCCUAUAUUUCAUCUUACAGGGUGGACUCUUAAAUGUACUCAAGAGUUAACAGACAGGGCAACAUUUUUUUGCAGGCCCUGGAUAAGAGGACAUUUCCGGGUCAAAUGCCAAAAAGGAUAAAGUCAUGCGAGGUAUACAGAAUUAUUUACUGUAAAAUACAGUUGUUGAAUAUCAUGUACCAUGCUUAACAGUUGUGUAUUUGUGUGUACAUUGUGUGUAUAUUGUGUGUAUGUAAAUGUGUUCAUGUCUACAAUUCAAUCAUGUUGUACGUAUACUCACGAUAUGGCAGUACCUCAUUGGAAGUAGUUAUUUGUUUGAACAUUGAGGAGAUUUGUUUUACGCUCAUACCAUUUUUUUAAAUGAUUGUAGUUGUAGUCAUCCUUACUGGCUUCUCCAAAAACAAUAGGCUACUCACACGCAUGGUCCAUUUUAUUUCUAUCUUUGCAGCCACCAAUGCACUACACAGACUCUUAUGGCACAGUUGAUUUAUAAAUAAGAAACAAUUCAGGAUCAUUUUCAUCUGAAUGAAAUGCUCUACAGUAUUUGGAGAACCUGCACCAGGUGAUGAUGACUUGCACACAGGUCAAUAUGCCUUAGUCUACACACCUUAUUUUACAUGUAUGUAGAUACUAUAUGAAGUGACAGCUUCUCUGAGAAAUGGAGGGAAAACUGUUUCAGUUUUCAAUAAAAAAUAUUGAUUAUAUGUGUACUGCAAAACACAACAUGAAUUACUAAAUGUUGUCUAGACUGCAUUUGCUACAUAUCAAGCAAAUGUUAGCAAAGAGUAAAGGGGCCAGUCGUAUGUCAAACCCUACAGAUGCUAUACAUUUACCAAGCCUGAUCACAGAUCUUUAUGUACAUUAGAAAACUCCUCUGGUGUAAGAGUCAUUUUUAGUUGUUUGCUAAAGCAUAUACAGGUAUCACAUUGACCAUCUAUAUAGAACAUAUUUAAAAGUGUUAACUUGGUCAUCGCCAGCUUGUGUGAUCAAACUGCAUAGUCAACUCAUGUAUGAAGUCAAGAUAUUCUACAUUCUUCCCUGCACAAGCCUCUGUCACCAUCAUCUGGUGGCUCUCCACAUUACAUAUUGUGAUCUGCCCAGCUUCAUAUAUGAGGGCAGUUAGUUGUAGCCAUAGUUAGAGGACUCUAGGUGGAUAUACACUACUGGUAAAAAGUUUUACUUCAAAGCAUAUUUGAAAUCGGACACUUUGGUGGGAUUAACAACAAGAUUACCUUUAAAAUGGUAUAAGAAACAUGUUUGUCUG